CAGAGUUUAACGGUGAAAUUUGUUGUUUUCCACGUCUACAUUGCAGUGCAUGCCUUCAGAUUUGUAAAUAACAUCUUUUUGCAACAUAGUACAAAAAGUGUGUUUGACACGGAACAUAUCUCUUAUAUAUUCCAAUUUCUACAGUGUGUAUGAUUUCAGUGCGGUUACUGCGGUUGUUCUCUGAAGUAAGAAUGGACGUUUUACUGCUGCUGUGCAACACUUCAGAGGCGCUCUGAAUUUUUGUACAACGUAAUAUUUGUUUAACAAGUUAACAACUAUGACUAUGCUCAAGAAGUCUGUUAAGCAUCGACGACCGGUUAUUUCCUGCCCAGCGCACCCGAAACCAACGCCGGCCACUAACAAGACGAGUGUUUCGAAGAAAAAGUUUUUCUUGGAAAGUGGGCUGAAAUGUGGUUUGAUUAAAGUUUUCAUCGUUCUAUGGUUGUUGCGAAUAAACGGUGGUGUAUGUGGCAAUUAUAAACCUCUGCCGCGACAGAACCCGAGCACAAAUCACUCUAGUUCCAAUGCAAACGCUUCUGCCACGGAUCAAUCGGCAGAAAAAGAUGGUGCUUUAACAUUUACUGAAUUCCUGGGAAACGUGGGAAUUGUUUUAUGUUAUGGGCUGGCCGGCUUCUUCAUCUUGGUUGUCCUCUUUCUACUCUGUAUAUUUAUAGAAUCUGUUUGUACGGGCACAAGCAUGGAAGAAGUCCUAGGAAAAUUGGACAACUGGGUGGAACGCAUGGAUGAAAGAGCUGAACCUCCGGAUCCGGAUGUUAUUCCCUCGGAACCCAAUAAACCAUCCGUAGCAGAUGACGAUAUUGAUAAAAUCAUCGUCUCAUUCGGGAAAAGGGAACGAAAUGUGAAAAGGUGCCCUUUCCGGAACUGCCAAAAGAGCCUAAAGGAUUCGCCUAAUCUGUUCCAUAUAAAGCGGGUUGUGUUGGGCGGUAGCGACUCGGCUUUAUCAUUCGACUGUGACGGUUUUACCUUGGACAAUAAGACAGUCUUGAUGAUCACGAGGACACGGACACCCAGCUUUCGUGUGGGAGAUCUGAUUUUGCAAAUCGAUUGGAAAAACCCAAAGAACAUCUCCAUUACCGAGGCCCUGGUCCUAUUAAACAGCACCGCAACAAAAAUAUUGAAGAUCAAGUAUAUACACAAGAUUGGUUAUGAUAUGGAAACUGGAGCGCUUUUCUGAUUUUCUAGCGGUAUACUUGUACUCACAGGAAUUCUUGCUUUGAAAGGGUCUGCAGUAACUUUGACUGAACUAUGUAUUUUCCAAAAUAUUUAGACGUCGUGUUAUGUUGUAACAUUUAGCUAUCUAUCAAACUGCAGCGACAAAGUAUUGCCGUACUUAGGUAACGUAUUUUAUUUCCAAUUUUCCAUGAACCAGUAAGUAUCGUAACUACUCGUACUUCAAGUACUGCUUCUUCAGUAUUUAUCACAGUAUGCAUGUUCGUAAAAAUGCACUACGGUUCAAUCUCCGGAAUAAACGUUGAAAACUUUCUGUAAUAUUUUGAAAUUACAUAUACAAUAGAUACAGACAAUACACAAAAACUAAUAGUGGUGUAAAAACCAUAGACAUUUCCUUUCAAAGCAUAAUUCUUGAGUGAAAAAUAAUUUCUGCAAGUAAUACAGAAUCAUUAUGCAGUAAUUAAGAUACGGCGCUUCACUUACAAGAUGCCUAAAAUUUAAAAAUAAAAAUCACGAGCCUUAAUGCUUCUAUAGGUGCUAGAAAAUACUUCCAACAAAAUCCAACCGGUAAAUGUCAGAAUAAAUCCAUUGACUUGGAAUUCGAACCAGGAGGAGCAAGACACCAGAAUAUUACUGUAUCGAACAACCGCUAGAUGUUGAUUCCAUGCCUUUGGAAAAAGGAAUCGGCUCUUCUUCAACACGGGGAAGACUGCCUCCUUUCUUGGCCCAUCCGUUAUUCUGUUGCAAUGCCAUUUAGACGAUUAGUCAACUAAUUUAUAACAGUCCAACAUCAUCAAGCUAUCCGUUAAAACACUCCGUUAAAAACCUUGUUUUCACGUUUGAUUUGGCCCAAAUCGAAGGCUUUGUAUGUUGCCGGCGUCCACUGUGGAUGCAAUGGAGGCAAGGUGAAUGUUUCUGGACUAACCAGGCCGAAGGUGGCUUUCAUUUCCAGUUCCGGGGGAACAUCAGGAACUUUUUGAUGAUAACUGUGAAGUCAUACACCAGUUGCCUUAUUGGAUGAAAAUCAAA